AUGCCAAGAUUUUAUAUCGAUGAGAAAACAUUUUGGGGUUAGGAGCACUUUAAGGCCACUUUCACACUACUCCGUUUUCGAAUCUUCGUUUCUGAAAUUUCGAAAAUGCAUAAUGUGUAAUGGUCAUUGAAUAAAUAAUUAUGUUUGUUCCUUUCUCCAGCUUCGUUAUGCUCGAUUGAACCUUGUGUUAACAAUGGGACUUGCCGUGAGCACAAUGAUGACAUCACGUGUACCUGCGCCAGCGGUUUUACCGGCAAGCGGUGUGAGGCGAAGAUUAUAGGUAAGACCACUGGAUACUGAUUAGACAGCCGCGUGUCAACUCAAUCUCUUCUUACGUAUGAUGACAUACAUUAUGUGGUCAUAAAUCUAUGAUGUUAUACCAUACGGGCGUAUACCUUUCAUUUGUGAGCAAGGGCGUAACUUGGGUUUAAACAUAAGGUGGGAGGGGGUGGGGAGUCGUACGCACGACAAAAGGGGUGUGAUCAGAAAAGAACGUAGAGAUGCUGGGAAACUAAGAAGGUUUGUAAGAGUCCUCAGAGGUAGCGUCAAAGACACCAUCCUCGUCCUCCUACGAUAGCCGGCAGCAAAAAAUUUUUUUGUCAAUUUUCGAUCUCGCGUCCAUUCUCGUUUCCUGGGAUACGGGCCCCGAUUGCGAAUUAUGAAUAAGGUCUACGUCGAGCCGCCAAAUAGACACUUCUCAGAUACAGUUAAGUCUCGCAACCUUAACUUAGCUUUAUCUUUAUUCUUUAAGUAAAUACAACCAACGAGUACGUUUACUCUGACGAAGCAAAGCGUAUCAAGCUGCCGGGAUUUUUAAAAAGAGUUCAGGAUGCUUACUACGAAUACAAUCGUAACGCGUUGCCAUGGGCACCACGUGAAGAAGAUGACGAUUUUGUGGAGCGGCUGAAAAACAGGUAUCGAAACGUUUUACAAACCAACACGAAGCUAAACUAACUUAAUAUAUUCUGGAUAGCUCUAUCAGUUCUAAACUGUUCGAGCCAUCCUUAUUGGUCCAAUAUUGAGGUAAGCCCGUUUUCCACUUCGCCCGUAUCGUACCGUAACGUACUGGUGAGCAUGCGCAGCUUGAAGAUGGGUUUUUAAAUUUACGUGCUUCCGGUUGAUUCGCGAAUCAAAAUAAAAAGUUCGUCGCAAGUCAAGUUGAGCGUACUACGGAAGUAUAGACCAAUCAACAUUCACUACAAUUUAAAAUUUGUUUUGAUACGUUACGGUACGAUACGCUUGAAGUGGAAAACAGCCUUUACAACCAAACAUUAGUUUGUUCAGUGGUUCGGAAUUACAAUGCUUCCACAACGCUCUCUGAAAAAAAUUCCUUUUCAAUUAAUCUCGGACUUUCACGACCAGGGCGCUUACACAAGCGCGCUGCGAAAUUGAUAACAGAAAUCCCCGUUAUUCUAACUAUAAAUUCAUUCGCCCUAAGUAUAAACGCGUGAAUGAGGGCGGCAGCACUUUUAAUGCUGUGCAACCAUGGAACAGUUUAUCUUUAGAGUUAAGAAAGAAAUCCACUAUUAAUGCUUUGAAGAAAUCUCUUUUUAAACUGCUCUUGAAUGAAUAGUCGUCCUUAUAUCAUUUCAAUCCAUAGUUAUUUAGUAUUAAUUGUAACUAUGUUCUAGUUAAGUGCAUAUUUAAUAAUUGAGGGCCACAAGUUUAUUGGUGCUUGUGAUGUUACUCUGAGUGUAUGUCCACACCGGGCAAGCUUGAAAAAUAUGCCUGUCGAAUCGAACCUACGACCUUUGGAAUACUAGCCCAAUGCUCUGCCAACUGAGCUACGCGGUCAGCUCGGUUCGAGUAUGUGAUAUUUCGGAACAGAAUCUAGUUCCUUCGAUACCAAUGUAAUCUAGUAAUCAUGAUAUUUUCUGUGUUGGUGUAAUGUACUCAGGUGAAUAUGAUGCUUGUGAUGUUACUCUGAAUGUAUAUCCGGAUCCACACCGGGCAAGCUUGAAAAAUAUGCCUGUCCAUGGUGAGAAUCGAACCUACGACCUUUGGAAUACUAGCCCAAUGCUCUGCCAAUUGAGCUACGCGGUCAGGUCGGUUCGAGUAUGAUAUUUCGGAACAGAAUAUUUAGUGAUUAUUCUCAUUAAAUAGAUUCUUUACUCUUACUCUAGUAUUCGUCUUUUUUAGACAUCUUCCUUACAAUGCCACUCCUGCCUAUCUUAAAGCCAAAACUGAUGGUGCGUUUGAACUACUGAAUGAAAUCAACUCGACAGUUUUAGAUGAAAACAAGAUGACACCUCGAGAAGUUAAAGCUCUAGAGCAGGUUUGUUUUGCAUCGAUUUUCUGAUGAAAUGGAACGCCAAAUGCUUGACACUCGUACUGUAGAAAUCCAAAAGUUACGUUAAGAUAAAAGGAAUAUGUUGGUACUUUUAAUUUCAGUUGUCGUUGUUGUUGUUGUUGUUGUUGUUGUUAUAUGUUGGUACUUUAAAUUGUCGUUGUUGUUGAUGAUGUUGUCGUUGAUGAUGUUGUCGUUGAUGUUGUUGUUGUUGUUGUUGUUGCUGUCGUUGCUGUCGUUGCUGUCGUUGUUGUUGUUGUUGUUGUUGUUGUUGUUGUUGUUGUUGUUGUUGUUGUUGUUGUUGUUGUUGUUGUUGUUGUUGUUGUUGUUGCUGUUGUUGUUGUUGUUGUUGUUGUUGAUGAUGUUGUUGAUGAUGAUGUUGUUGUUGUCGUUGUUGUUGUUGUUGUCGUUGUCGUUGUUGUUGUUGUUGUUGUUGAUGAUGUUGAUGUCGUUGUCGUUGUCGUUGUCGUUGUCGUUGUCGUUGUCGUUGUUGUUGUUGUUGUUGUUGUUGUUGUUGUUGUUGUUGUUGUUGUUGUUGUUGUUGCAGUGCAACAUUUUAUCAACAACAUUGAUUUAUUUUAGGUAAAACACUUCCUAAGAACGGUGUUUGGGUCUCCAUUUGAUGAAAAUUUCUACAAUGGCGACUGGAUGUUAGGCCCUAACCACUUCUGCUGGCAAGCUAUUUGUUCAAUUGCUUUUGAUAUCGGCGCUUAUGCCUACUAUGUGAAGCCAAAGAACUUUGAUGAUGCUGAAAAAAUGAUUGAAAAAAUAUUGUUAAAUAAGCAAUCCAUCACACAAUACAUGUAAGAUUCUAAUACCUCUUAAUCCCUCAAACAAUUGAUUUCAAGUGAAUAGAAUUACAAUCGUUUCAAUUCUCCGACAAUAAAUAGUUUUGCACUAAAUUCCCAAAGGUGGAAAUGUGCGAUUUGGAAAGCUAUUUUAAAUCGAAUCGGAUUAGGAUAUUGUUGAUAAAAACUCUACAAUGUGCUCGGUCAUUAGUAACGUGCCCAACCUCCGUAAAACUUUACCAAACGAAACCUAAACGCUCUAUUUUCAUUUGUUAGGGCCAAUAUGCAGCUUGGUGUAAAAACUGGAAUGGUUCGUUCCAAAUUCAAUUGCAUUUCUGGUAUUGAUGCCUUUAAGCAAAAAUUCCCAAAGAUCUCAGCUGACAAUGACCCAAAUGCAGUUUUGAGCGAGUGGUUUGUACAAGGUUAUAUUGGAGCUGAGUUUACCAAGAGUUUCUCUAAGGCAGACAGAGACAAAUGGGUGGAUAGAUAUAAUAAAACUUUCAUGCAAUCUGUGAAUGAUGACUUGAUAGAAGGUACGAAAGCGUUGACACUUAAGCAUAAAAACGUAAAAAAACAAAACUUAACUUGCUUAAUUUAUUUCUCCCGGAAAGCUCUAUCAGUUCCAAAGCUUUUCUCCCUUGAGAUCUAGAAAUGUUCGUCUUAAUUUUUUAGUGAUCCAAUUAAUCGAACUAUUAUAAUAUUUAUUCUGGAUAGCUUUAUCACAUAGGCAGGUAAAGCCCCCCCCCCCCCUCCCAACUUUGAAAAAGUAGAAAAAAAAGAGGGGCCUUCAAAGUUCAAACGUAUUGUAGCAUUUUCUUUUGUGUCGCAGUCAUUAUUUAGUUUAGGUUUUCUUUUGUAGUAACACUGAAUCAAGAAAAGAUGAUUCUUACUGCACAUCUAGGGAGAACAGUUAGAACUGAUAGAGUUAUCCAGUAUAAAUAAAGUUAAUUUAGGUUUCGUCCUGUAGUAACAUUGAAGCAACAAACAAGGAAUGACCCUUGUUGAAAAUCUGAGCAGAACAAUUUAGAACUGAUCGAAAGAGCUAUCCAGUAUAAAUAUAAAGUUAACUUUUCAAUCGUUUAUUUCCAGGAAUUGGGCAGCCUAUUGUAGACCUUAUCAAGUACAUGGAAAACGAGCACUUACGACAUUGCUUGCCUCGGGACGUGGCUAGCGGAAUUGCAGAACUUCCUGUUCAAUUCAUCUACGUUGAUGGCAACGCCACAAAUAAUCGCACGACAAGACGUUUGCCCAUCACGGGUGAGAUCUUGGAUGGCAAGAAAUCGUACAAGAAUAUCUUACCGUAUUUUACGACAAGCGAAAUCACGCCUGAAAGAAUUAACGAGAUUGGACAGCAGCGUUUGAAAGCCCUGUAUCCACAGGUAUGGAGAUUUGAAGAGUAAACGUAAUACACUAGUCAAUUGAAACCCCGGACCCCCGGGUGUAUAUAUGCAGGCUUUUUCCUACGCAGAGACACGUACGGAGUAUACUAAUCAGGGCGUUUAUAUAUAAGGGCCCUGGUACUAACCAUACAGAAGUUUCACUUCGCGAGAAUCGAGAAAAACGUGAGGAGUGUUACUGCGCAUAUCUGGCGGCCAUGUUCUUAGUAAGUACCCCAAAGAGAGGAAUUUCCCCGCUGGAACAUUAAAUUUCAAUAUGUUUUCCGGGGUUGACGGCCUCUCUUUAGGGCACAUGCAUGGCGGACUGGAACAGUCUCUUAAGCCGGUUUUCCACUGGGCGGAAUUUUGCACGCGGAGCGGAAUCUUUCUUUGUCUUUUCUAAUUAGUUCCACCCAAGAAAUCACCAGACAAAAAGAAAAAUUCCGCUCCGCGCGCAAAAUUCAGUCUGGUGGAAAACCGGCUUUACGCUGAAAUUAAUAAUUUCUAUCGCAUAGCUAUACACAACAUUACAAAGUCGAUCAGGUUCAAAUACUGCAUAUAAAAUUCAGUCAAACGCAUUCUAACUCGUCCUUCGGGAGUUUAAGAUUUUGAUGACGGACCACCGACUACGUUUGAAAUAGUUUUUGUUAUGUGUAUGCAAAUACUAAAUACUUGUCGUAACAAAUUUAUUCCAAAUAAGCUUUAUGUGCAUGGCUUUGUGUUCGAUAAGUUUCAUCUUUUAACUUUCUUCAUUUCUUUAUAAAAAUACUCUCUCUCCAACAACGUUGCGUAGUCAGUUUCGGUGCUAUAUUCUUGAUUCUGUAUUACAACACAACACAACACAACACAACACAAGAAUAUGAUUUUUACGCUGUGGCCAAGGUCGCUGCAGUGAAAAGCAUGCUCUGGAGAUAUGCAAAUUUUGUCUGCCUCAGUUAAAGCAAUGCGAAAACAAGCUUUCAACCGUAUUCCGUACCCGUUACUCGUUGUCGGCAUCUUAAGGUUACAGGACACCCUUUUUGGCGUUUUGCGAUAUCAUAUCAAUAUCAGUCCGAUUUUCAUCAAAUUUUCACCAAAUGUUCUCCAGUGCAUGCAAAAUAUGAUAAAGUUGUAAAAUUAAGAAACAAUAAAAUAAUGUAAGAAUUAUUCAGGAAAAUCUCAAAUCGCGGUACCGUUACGCUUUUGAGUUGUGCUCCUGCUGGUUUUAAGUUAUAUUUAUGAAAAUAUCAUUUUUAUACAGUAAAAUAGUUGUUCUAAAAAAUUGUGUUCGGAAAUUUUUGUUUAUUUCGUCAUUCCGCUGAUAUGGCGAUUUCUUUGACGACUGUAAUAUAUUUCUGAAUUGUUUGAGUCAAUUGCUCUUUAUUUUUAAAAUAUCCAAAAUUUAAAAAAAGCCGAACACAAUUUUGAAACUGAAGUCUUUUUGCCAUGUCCUGUGAAAAUUCGAGAAAAAUUGGUUAAAACCCGCAGGAACACAACUCGUUUGAAAAUCAGUAAUUACCGUAAAAUUUUUCGGGAGAAAAUUGAAUUUGAUUAUUACAUUUUCAAUGUUUUUCUUAUUGCAGCGAAAUGUAUUUUAUUAAAUAACUCUGUGAGUUUUCAACAUUUUUCGUUCAAACUUGGUCAGAUAGUAGAACUAGUCUAAUGCUUUCAUGGAAACCAAUAAAAAAAUUUUAGGCAAAAUUAACACUCAAAUGUGUUCUGUAACCUUAAACUCCCUGUUAUCUAGCGUAAAUACCACUGUUCUGCAUGACAUCCAGUAACGAUUCAGUGAUCGGAAUGUUCUAUUGCCUUUUCAUUGUUUUGAAAAUCUCACUGUUCUCUAUGCCAUCCAGUAACGAUUCAGUGAUUGGAUGUUCCAUUGACUUUUCAUUAUUUUGAAAAUCCCACUGUUUUUUAUGCCACCCAGCCACGAUCCAGUGAUAGGAAUUUUCCAUUGUCUUUCCAUUGUUUUGAAAAUUCUACUGUUUUUUACUGCUAUUUAGUUUCUAGCUUAAUUUCCAACCUAGAUUAUUGCGAUUGCAAAGAAUGUAACUGGAAAAUCUAAUGAGGCCGAAGCAGUGACCGCAUUCCGUAAAAUCCUCACAAACCAAAGCUCGUUUUACAACGAUGCACCGUUUCCACAAAUCGAAUCCAACUCCACAGCUCACAAACGUUGUACAGACUUGGCAAAAGCAAGAAAAUAUUGCCCUGAACG